AACCUCAUUGCCAUCUAAACUCGAGCUUGAAAAAAAAAACGUAGAAAAAUCUCCAUUUCUUUUAUAUCUCUCCUCCUAACAUAUACACUAUAUAGUGUAAAACACUAAUUGGAAUCAAAGUUCAAUUUGUUUUGAACUUGGAAUCCGAUAGUGUGCCAGUUUUAAUUUGUUUGUAUAUAUUCAUCAGAGAAAAUGGACAAAGUACAAAAAUUGGCAUCAGAAAAUGGAGUAAUGAUCUUCAGCAAGAGCACUUGCUGCUUGUGCUAUGCAGUGAGUAUUCUGUUCCGAGAGCUAGGGGUCAACCCAUAUGUGCAUGAACUGGAUCAUGACUCGGACGGAAAGGAAAUGGACAAGGCUCUAACCAAAAUGGGCUGCAAUCCAUCAGUGCCAGCAGUUUUCAUAGGAGGGAAAUUGAUCGGUUCCACCAAUGAAAUCAUGUCACUCCACCUUAAAGGCUCCCUCGUUCAACUCCUCAACCCGUAUAUGUCUGUUUGAAAAGGUUUGCCACUAAUAUUAAUUAAGAUUAAUUAAGGAAAAAACACUAAUAAACUUGGCCCGCACUGGUCUUUGGAGAUCAAGCUAUUUAGUCUAAGAAUGUUGUACCUUAGUCUAGCUAGUUAUGGUUUUAUUAUGUUUGUGAAGUUAUGUUAUUUUGGUCCGUAUUAGUCGUCACUGGUUAGCUAGCAUAAAUCAGAUAUGCAGCUUAAUUAGUUAUUUGUCUACGGACAACUGAUAUCGUUGCCUAUAGUGCAAAGAAUGUAAUUUUAAUUUAUUUCCUCAAUGAUAAAGUUGCUUUAUUAAUUACAA